AUGAGCAUAAACUCAAAAGAAAAGAAUGAUAUAUAUUAUUUUAAAGCUAAGAUGGAUGGAUAUAGGGCUAGAAGUGUUUAUAAACUAUUGGAUAUUAAUGAAAAGUAUAAUUUAUUUAAGGAUUCUAAAAACAUCUUAGACUUGUGUGCAGCACCAGGCUCUUGGACACAAUGUGUUGUUAGAAACUUUAAUUGGAUUGAGAAUGUUAUAGCAGUAGAUUUACAAGACAUGGAACCUAUUGAAAAUACAAAUACAAAAGUAAUUUUAUUAAAAGAAGAUAUAACAUCAGAAGUAUGUUUAAACAAAAUAAAAAGCUAUGAUUUUGUUAUUGAUACAGUCAUAUGUGAUGGAGCACCGGAUGUUACAGGGUUUCAUGAUCUUGAUCAAUAUUUACAAUUUGAUUUGUUAAUAUCAUCUUUAAAAAUUUGUCUUAACGUGUCACAAGAAGAUAAAACCUUUAAAUUUGUAGCUAAAAUGUUUAGAGGAGAGUAUACAGGAGUUUUAGUUAAUCAUUUUAAGAAAUUCUUUAAAAAAGUUAUUUUAACAAAACCAAGAUCAAGUAGAGGUAAUUCAAGAGAAUGUUUUAUAAUUGGUAUGGAAAUAAUUAAUAGAAAGAUAACAGAAAUAGAUUUUGAUAAUCAAACAAGUGUUGUUUGUGAAACAUGUGGCUUCGGAGAAGAUCCAGAUUAUACAUUUGAGGAUGUUGUAAAUACAAACAUCAAGUCAAAACCAGUUAAUCCACCAUAUAAAAAUUCAUUGAAUUUAAGAAAAAAUAACUAA